CCUCGUGAGUGGACCUCGCAGUGGAAGACGUACUAUUUCGAUGCACGGUUUUGCUCCGAGCAGUAGCAUCCCCGAUGAUGACUUUACUCGGCAGAACUCUGCUCGAUGCAUUUUGUGAAACUUUUGACGGUUUCUGACACCUGUCACAUUAUUGAAACGUCAAAAUCGUAGUGCAGUUCUUCCCAGCAAAUCGGUCGCUUUAUAUAAACAGUGUAAAUAAAUGAUAUUUAGAGAAUGCCACCAACAAAUAGGAAAGGGUUGUUAAGGACUGAUCGAAGAACAAAAUUGCCCAAAAAUAAUGAGAUUAAGUAUAAUCCUGGUAACUUCGAUCGUGACGUGACUCGUCUUCGGAAUGAAAACCCGACAGUGUCAGAUUUGGUCUAUCAGUAUUUAGAGAACAUUCAAGAUAUCGAUACCAGAAGGAUGCAAAGAAGUAGUGCGGGGAGUAGAUUUAGAAAAGCACAUGUUCGUCGAUGUAGGUUUGCAGAUUUCCAACCUAGAAAGAAUUGGGUACCCGGAUUGGGUAGGAAUAGAAAUCUUGAUCGUAGCCACGUGCCAAGGUUUACAAGGUUUCCAAAUUUACCAACGGAAUGGCUGAUCGAAUCUAGUCUGCUUAGAGGAAACGGUUCUUCGAGGGAAUCCAUACUAAAAUAUGGAAAAGUUGUCGAAGAAGGGAGGAAAAUGGCAAGAAGAUAUGUUCGUAAAGCGGUGUCGUUUGGCAUCCAAGCUGGUUACUUAUUGCCACGAGAUGAAAAAGGUGAAACUCUACACGUCUCCUCGGAUUUAGGUCCUUUCAGAGUCAGAAGGAAGAAACCUGCCAAAAGCACUGAAAGUUCAAUUCAUAAAGAUCUAGUGCCUGCGAUUCCAAAAAGAAGAAGGGAAAGGAUUUUACAUCCUUUAAAAAAUGUGCGAAGGUGUAAACACAACGGCAAGCAGAAGCAAUUAAAAAAUGCAACGUGAUCUUAAAUAAUUCUAAUCGUCUUGUUCAGAAGAAUCAUGAAAGUAUUAUCAAUCUUGUGACAUACAUUAUUGUGAGUCAUGAGGGACGUUUUAAAAAUUUUCUUUGUGAUAGUUAUUGAAUAAUUGUAAUGUAUCUAUUAUUCAAUUAUAACACUUUCAAGCUAUUCACAUUAACAUGACGUAAUGCAGAUCACAAGGCAGGCUUCUUAGUUCGUCUCCGAGAUUCCAGAAUCCAUUGUUUAAGGUAAGAACUAUCUUUUCCUAACCCUGCGUUCAUUUCCCUAAACCUCGAUCUAGUGACAGGAAUCUUUCUAUUCUGGUUUCCGUUCAUUCUGCACGUAGAACAGAAAUCCUUUCCAGAAGUGUUUCUCUUUCGCAGUGCAUAAUUAUUUUUAUUUAUCCUGCAACUUGGUCGUCUUCUGAGAGUUUCUUUAACAUUUUCGGUUCCAGGAUUGUCCUCUACCCCAGGUUGAUUGUCUUCGAAUUUUCCCUUGAUUAUUCUUGGGUCAUCGCUUCCUCCUGUCAGUCUCCUCGCUGCACAAUUUUCCUGCCUGCAAAUUUCUGGAUUCCUUCGACAACAAUUACAGACACCUAGUGGAGGAUCUACGUUCCUUAUACGUCGACUUUCCUGAGUAGAAUGUCUAGAACGAUUCUGCAUAUCAACUCUUCGCUCUACAUUUUC